AUGACCCUAAAGAUCUUUCUUACGGGUGUCACCGGUUACAUCGGCGGAGACGCCUUCUACGCUCUCUUCGAUAAGCACCCAGAGUAUGAGUACUCCCUGCUCGUCCGCAACGAGGAGCGCGCCGCCCCUGUGAAGAAGGCGUACCCCAAGGUUCGAAUCGUGAUCGGGACCUUACAUGACGCCGAUGUUAUUGAGAAGGAAGCCGCAGCUGCUGAUGUUGUUGUCCCUAACGUCCAGAUCCGCUUAGACACCGCCGACUCCGCGGACGAUGAGCCCUCGGCGAAAUCCAUCGCAAAAGGCCUAGCCGCGGGCCACUCGCCCGACCAGCCGGGCUUCUGGAUUCACGUCUCGGGCACCGGCAUGCUGCAAUGGUACGACAGCAAGCACAACCGCUACGGCGAGGCCCCUCUUCCGGACCAGGACUAUCACGACAUCCGCGACAUUGACCGCAUCCUCAACUUCCCGGACGAGGCCCUCCACCGCAACGUGGACAAGGUUGUGCUCGCCGCAAACUCCCCCGCCGUGCGCGUCGCCAUCGUCGCCCCGCCCACCAUCUACAGCUCCGGCCGCGGCCCGGUGAACCAGCGCUCGAUUCAGGUGCCCGCGCUCGCACAGGCCGCCCUCGAAAAGGGCUUCGCGCCCAUCAUCGCGCCGGGCAAGACGGAGUGGGACAAUGUCCAUGUGCACGACCUCUCGCGGCUCUUCGUGACGCUUGUCGAGGCUACCCGGGACGGGUCCAAGAAUGCCGACCCGGAGGUGUUUGGACCCAAGGCGUAUUACUUUGUCGAGAGCGGCACGCAUGCCUGGAGCGAUGUUGCCAAGUGGGUCGCCGAAGAGGCUUACAAGCAGGGAUACCUGCCAGCGCCGCUCACAAAGGAGGUGACGAUGAAGGAGGCGCUGCAGAGCGACGGGGUUGCGAACAACAGCUGGGGCCUGAACUCCAAGAGCAAAGCGGAGAGGGCACGGAAGUACCUGGGAUGGGAGGCCAAGGAGAAGAGUCUGCGGGAGGAUAUUCCCGAGCUCAUCUCUCUGGAGGCGAAGAGGUUGGGCUUGCAGCCGCAGGAGAAGAAGCACUAG